UGAAUUUGCACCGAACCAGGGUUGGGACAUGCAGUUUGGAGUAUCUUCCAAACCACCGCUCGGAAUGAAACAAACUCAUACCCAAACAACAUCAACCUUUCCCCUUCAAAAUCCGUGCGAAAACCAAUCCAUACUUGGUAGAAUUCAGCGAACACCCAACACCGAGUUUCGAUCAUCCGAUCCGUUUACAUCAUCUAAUCGAAAUUCCUCCUUGGAAGAAGAAGAUGAAUAAGGAAGCCAAGGUGAAGUUGAUCAGCGCGGAGGGCUGCGAGUUCAUGAUUGACAAGGAAGCUGCCAUGGUCUCGCAGACCAUCCGCAACAUGCUUACCUCACCAGGGAGUUUUGCUGAAACACAGGAUGGAAAAGUGACAUUCCCUGAGAUAAGCACCACCAUUCUGGAGAAGAUCUGUCAAUAUUUUUAUUGGUCUCUUCAGUACGCCAGGGGUAAGGAGACUGAAUUCCACAUUGAACCUGAACUAACCCUGGAGUUGAUGAUGGCUGCUAACUAUCUCCACACUUGAGCAAAUCACUGUACUUUCUUCUUGAGUGGUGGGUAUUUUAACAUUGUCCAACUGCUUAAGGAUGAUAUUGUUGCCUGAGAAGGCUUAAAAGAUACUAGGAUUCUGUUUUAAAACCCUGCAUUGGAGUUCAUUGCCACUGCAAAGAGGUGUAUUCAGAAGUGUAUUUGAAUGUCAAUUGUUUUUACUAAGAAUAGUUUGAGACUUGUAUGGCCAAAAAUUAAAGUAGUCAUUGAAUGAUUUGAGUUAGCUGUUGUAUGCUAUAGAACACAUGUGGCAAGUCUUACGAAGAUUAAAAUGUUUUAUCA